AUGGUGGAAUUAGAGUGGGAGAAUCAAACCAUCACAACGGAAUUCCUCCUACUUGGAUUUGGGGAUCUACAGGAACUACAGAUUCUUCUUUUUCUUCUCUUCCUAUUCAUCUAUGUUUUCACCAUGGCUGGGAACAUCUUCAUCAUUGUUCUCGUUGUGACUGAUCAGCACCUUCACACCCCUAUGUACUACUUUCUGGGCAAUUUGUCUUCUUUGGAGACAUGCUAUACCUCAACCAUUCUGCCCAGAAUGCUUGCUAGUCUCUUGACUGGGAACACUGCAGUCCCUGUCCGUGGCUGCCUUAUGCAGUUGUGGCUUGCAGCAUCUUUAGCUGCAUCCGAAUGCUACCUUCUUUCAGCAAUGUCUUAUGAUCGCUAUGUUGCAAUAUGUAAACCCUUACAUUACACAACCAUUAUGAACAACAAGGUUUGCCUCCAACUGAUAGUUGCAUCUUGGAUAUGUGGUUUUAUGGAAAACACCAUAUUGAUAUGUUUUGUAUCUGAACUAACAUUCUGUGGCCACAAUGAAAUAGAGCAUUUCUUUUGUGAUUUCAUCCCUAUCAUCCAACUGUCUUGCACUGAUACCCACAGGGUACAACUUGCAUUGACCAUCCUGGCAUCCUUUUGCACCCUUCCAGCAUUUAUCUUAACCAUUGCAUCAUAUGUUUACAUCAUUAAUGCCAUUCUGAGAAUUCCUUCAACGACUGGUAGGAAGAAAGCCUUUUCCACCUGCUCCUCUCAUCUUGUGGUUGUUUCCAUUUUCUAUGGAACAAUUAUUAUUGUCUAUGUGCUACCAAAAACUGAAAUGCUCAAGGAGCUGAACAGGGUUUUCUCUGUUUUCUACACUGUCGUGACACCUCUGGUCAAUCCCCUUAUAUACAGCCUGAGGAACAAAGAGGUGAAAGAAGCCUGGAGGAGGGCUGUCAGCAAAUGUAAGAGUGGCUCAAUAGCUGAUGUAAUGUAG